UAAAGUUGAGACAGUCCCUAUAAAAUCCCGCCAAAUUGUGAGAAAUUUUUUAACCAAGAACAAAGCAAAGUAUCGUUUGCUGCUAUUUGAGAUCAUUUAAUUUUAUUUCACUUAUCAAAUUUACUUUUUUUUAAUCAAGCUAAUUUUUAUUAAUAAUGGUUUCGUACGAAAACGACGCUGAAAAAAUAAAAGACUUUCUGGAGUCAUUCACGGCUAUUAAAGAUGAUUCGACCUCUAAUAAAUAUGCUGAGGAAAUACAAUGUUUAGCCAAUAAUGAGAAAAAUGUAAUCACCAUAGAUUUGGAUGAUCUUUACGAAUUUGAUGAGGAUCUUGGUGAAAAAGUGAUUGCCAAUGCGAAGCGUUAUGUCGUUUUAUUUUCAGAUGCGAUAACCUCAUUAUUACCGAAAUAUCGGACAAAAGAUAACAUCGCUAAAGAUAUUCUGGAUGUUUUCAUUGAGCAUCGUAUUCUUGCAGAACAAGCAGCCAAAGGAAGUGAUGAUGUAUCGGCAGAUCUCUACAAUAAAUACCCUCCUCAAUUGAUGAGGCGAUAUGAAAUAUAUUUUAAAGCACCAGCCAAACAAAGACCCAUUUCUGUUCGAUCUGUAAAAGCUCAAAGUAUUGGUAAACUUGUCACUGUAAAAGGAAUUGUUGUACGGUGUACUGAUGUUAAACCAAUGAUAACCGUGGCUACUUAUACUUGUGAUAAAUGUGGUAAUGAAGCGUAUCAACCUAUCAACAGUUAUUCUUAUAUUCCAAUGGAUCGAUGUCCCUCAGUUGAAUGCCGAACAAACAAAACUGGUGGUAAAUUGUUUUUCCAAACUCGUGCCUCUCGAUUUAUCAAGUUCCAAGAAUUAAAAGUUCAAGAACACAGUGAUCAAGUACCAGUUGGUAAUGUUCCUCGUAGUCUAACCGUGAUUGCUCGAGGAGAGAAUACAAGAUUAGCAUUACCCGGUGAUCAUAUUGCUAUCACAGGCAUAUUUUUACCCUCACUUAAAACUGGUUUCAAGGCAUUGGUUGGUGGUUUAAUCAGUGAAACAUUUUUAGACGCUCACCGUAUAGUUAAAAUGAACAAGACUGAAGAUGAUGAAAUGUCAGACGAUUGUAUGAGCCGUGAAGAGGCUAAAGAAUUUGCUUCAAAAGAAAAUUUCUAUGCUAAAUUAGCUGAGAGUAUCGCUCCUGAAAUUUAUGGCCAUCACAAUUUAAAGAAGGCUCUUUUAUUAUUACUUGUUGGUGGAGUCGAUAAAAGUCCAUAUGGAAUGAAAAUUCGUGGUGCCAUCAAUAUUUGUUUAAUGGGUGAUCCUGGUGUUGCUAAAUCUCAAUUAUUGGCUUUCAUUGAUAGAUUAGCUCCAAGAAGUCAAUAUACAACUGGUCGUGGUUCAUCUGGUGUUGGUCUCACUGCUGCUGUUAUGAAAGAUCAGGUUACUGGGGAAAUGAUUCUUGAAGGUGGUGCGCUUGUAUUGGCUGACCAGGGCAUUUGUUGUAUCGAUGAAUUUGACAAAAUGAUGGAUGCUGAUAGAACUGCUAUUCAUGAAGUCAUGGAACAACAGACAAUCUCAAUCGCUAAAGCUGGAAUUUUGACUACAUUGAACGCACGUGUAUCAAUUUUGGCAGCAGCUAACCCUGUUUUUGGUCGAUAUAAUCCAAAGAAAUCUGUUGCUCAGAAUAUUCAACUUCCUGCUGCAUUAUUGUCUAGGUUUGAUCUACUUUGGUUGAUCCAAGAUAAACCGGAUCAAGAUAAUGAUCUUAGAUUAGCCAAAUUCAUUACUUAUGUCCAUCAGAAUAGUUCUCAACCAACAUUAGAUUUUGAGCCUUUCGACAUGAAAACUAUGAGAAGGUUCAUUGCUGCUUGUAAGAAGGUGAAUCCAAUCAUUCCAGAAUCCUUAACCAACCAUAUUGUCAACGCUUACAUAGAAAUGAGGAAAGAAGCUCGUAAUGAUAAAGAUAUGACUUUCACCUCUGCAAGAAGUUUAUUGGCAAUCAUUCGAUUAUCAUCUGCACUGGCUCGAUUACGACUUUCUGAUACCGUCGAAAAAUCUGACAUUGAGGAAGCAAUUCAUCUCAUUAUAGCUUCAAAAGAAACCUUAUCUGCUGAUAAAGAUGGAAAUCUUGACAUUACGCGAAGCUCUCAUGGUCCUGACAAAAUAUAUCGUCUUAUUCGCGGAAUUUUCGAGGAAAGACAAUUGAAUGAAAUUACUUAUGAAGAUGCUAUCGAUAAAUGUCGAUCUCGAGGAUUUUCAAUGGACGAGAUUGAAGAAGUUCUUCAGGAAUACGAAGUUCUCAAUGUUUGGCAAUCAGAUCAGGACAAAAAUACUAUCACCCUUGUAAAUUAAGCUGACAUUGUGCUCAGCGAUUUAACCAUUUAGCUCUUUUUUAGAAACAUCAUUUUUUAAUUGGUGAAUGAUAAAUUCAAACUUCUGUCUCUUGUGCUUCAGUUUCGAUUUCUAUUUUUUCUAUCUCUUAAGCAAAAUAAAACAAACUAAAAACCCAAUAA